AACCCUCGCCGAAGACCAAAGCCCUCCUGCGUAAAUACUGCUUAAAACCGGGAAACCUUAAAACCGGCCACCAAACAGCUCUAUAGUUCACUUCUCCAUAGAGAGUCUGAGCGAAAGAGACCAGAUGUCAUCUCGAGCUAUCCUCCUCGCCUUCCUACUCGCCGCCCUCCUCUUUCUUGGUUUUGCCACCUCCGCCACAAAACCCGCCGCCGACGACGCUGAUGAGGACCUCAGCUUCCUCGAAGAGGGCGACGAGGAGGACGCAUCUCGCGGGUUCCCUAGCCCCGACCAUGCCUUGCCGGAUGAGGACGAUCACGACGAAUUCGACGACGACGAGCUGGAUCAAGGCGACUUUCUCGAUUCGGAUCACGGAUCUUACGAGGCGCCGCCGCCGGUAGACGAGAAGGAUGUGGUUGUGCUAACGGGUGUUAACUUCAGUGAAUUCAUAGAGAAGAACCAGCAUGUCAUGGUGGAAUUCUACGCGCCGUGGUGCGGGCAUUGUCAAGCGCUAGCACCAGAGUACGCUGAGGCAGCCACGGCGCUUGAACUAGAGGACGUAGUGCUUGCAAAGGUUGACGCUACGGAAGAGAACGAGCUCUCACAGAAGUACGAUGUGCAGGGUUUCCCUACCAUUUACUUCUUCGUUGAUGGAGAUCACAGGCCCUACCCGGGACAGAGAGCUAAGGAUGCUAUUGUUACCUGGAUUAAGAAGAGGAUCGGGCCUGCUGUUCAAAAUAUAACAACAAUUGAAGAGGCUGAAAAAAUACUUUCUUCUGGAAGUAAACUAACCUUGGGCUUCUUUGACUCUUUAGUGGGUGCUGAUAGUUUGGAGCUAUCUGCUGCAUCCAAACUUGAAGAUGAUGUGAACUUCUACCAAACUGUCAGUCCUGCUGUCGCAGAGCUUUUUCACAUUGAUCCCAAAUCCAAACGACCUUCUUUAGUUCUUCUGAAGAAGGAAGCUGAAAAUUUGACUUAUUUUGACGGCCAGUUCACUAAAUCUGCCAUAGUUGAUUUCAUAUUUGCCAACAAGCUUCCUCUGGUGACCACUUUUACUAGGGAAAAUGCUCCUCUUAUCUUUGAGAGUCCAAUUAAGAGGCAGCUUUUGCUCUUUGCACAAUCAAAAGUGUCUGAAAAGCUUUUACCGGUUUUCCAAGAAGCUGCAAAAUUUUUUAAGGGAAAGCUUAUCUUUGUGUACGUGGAGAUGGAUAACGAGGAUAUAGGCAAACCAGUUUCAGAUUACUUUGGAGUGACAGGAGAUGGCCCAAAAUUGCUUGCUUACUCGGGAAAUGAAGAUGGGAGAAAAUACAUACUUGAUGGGGAACUCGUACAAGAAACUAUUAAGGUUUUUGCUGAAGAUUUCUUGGAGGAUAAGCUCAAGCCAUUCUACAAAUCAGAUCAGAUUCCUGAGACUAAUCAUGGUGAUGUGAAAAUAGUAGUCGGAAAUAUUUUCGAUGAAAUAGUUUUGGAUGAGUCGAAGGAUGUUCUUCUAGAGAUAUAUGCACCAUGGUGUGGGCAUUGCCAAGCUUUGGAACCAACAUACAACAAACUUGCCAAGCAUCUUCGAGGCAUCGACUCUAUUGUUAUAGCAAAAAUGGAUGGGACCACAAAUGAGCACCCUCGGGCCAAGUCUGAUGGUUUCCCCACACUCCUCUUCUUUCCAGCUGGAAACAAGAGUUUUGAUCCGAUCACUGUUGAUACGGAGCGCACAGUGGUGGCGUUUUACAAAUUCCUGAAGAAAAAUGCUUCAAUUCCAUUCAAGCUCCAGAAACCAGCUUCAGCAACGAAAACAGAGGCGGUUUCGGAUCCUAAGCAUGAGGGCGGAGACAAAACCGAUCUGAAAGAUGAGUUAUAGUUUUUUUACCUGAUUUAUGAGCCUUUUUUCAUCUUGCUUUACCAGCUCAUUAUAAUUUAAUUACAUAUUCUUUGUGGUGCUGUUGACAUUAAAGCUUGGGAUAUAGAGAGAGUAGACUGAAUUUUGGACUAAUAAAUGAAGCUCUUCUUAGAAAUUUCUUAUA